AUGGCUUCCAAAGAAGAUAGUCAGACUUCUAAAGCAAAGUCUUCUCAUAAGGGCUCACACUCUCAUGCUACUGGACCUUCAACUGAGACACACUCAUCAUCACCUAAGGUUGAAAUGGCUGCAUCCAACUAUACUGCACUUCUUAACACUCAGGAACAACCCAAAGAAGUUGGUGUCGUAGUUGAAUAUCUGCAUAAAUGCCCAUUGGCAUAUGCACUUCUUUCUACUUCUACAACUCCACAAUCUCUUAUCUUCGAAGUCUUUCAAUCAGCAGUCAUCUCCACAAGAGCAAGUUUAGGUCUAAGCGAUAUUCCUCCUAAACCUCAGACAUUUGUCACACCAACUUCUGCUCAAUUGUUGACAAUGUUCAAGGAAAUGGGAUAUAAAUUUGAAGACGAACAAGAACCAUGCCUUUCAAGAACUCAGAAAUCUUGUCUUCCCACACCAUGGCACUUUCUUAGUUCUGUCCUCACUAGAUGUCUCUUUGGAUCAGUUGGUGGACGCAGUAAAGGUAAAACAGACCUUUGCAUUCUUAUGUACGGGCUCUUCUACGACAUCAAUGUUGACUACGCGUCUAUUCUUUGGGAAGAUUUCCUCAAUUUUCUCCCUGCCUCAAAGAAUAAGUUUUUGAUUCAUCAUCCUCGCUGGUGGUCUAUCAUUAUUUAUGAUGCCAUCCAUAAUAGUAAUCUUGCACUAGGAUGGAUUCCAGAAGGCCCACAACCACAUUUCUUGUGUAUGACAUCAUAUCGGAUUCGUAUGGCAUCUGAAUCAGGGUCUUCACAACCAGUCAUCAUUCCAGAUUCUAUACUUACAAAGCUGGAUGAAAACAGUGCUUCUCUAUGCUCAUAUCAAAAAUACAUCCAGGGAAUUAUUUCACCUCCCAAAAAGAAGAGGAAGCAUUCCGAUCAUACAUCCAAGAAGAAGGCAAAGAAGAAAAAGAAAUCCAAUCAACCGCCCCCUAUCCCAUCUUCAGUUGUUUCUGAUGAUAAUCAUGGAGCAGAUUUAGAGGAACCCACAUCUCUCCCUAAAUCUGGUACAACCUCUAAGUCAUUCUCUUUCAUAGAUUCCUUGUUUCAAGCUCCAUCUGAUUCUGAUGAACCAUCCUCUUCAGCUCCAGUUUCACCAGCACGCGUUCAGUCGGAUCUCGAAGACCAAGCUAUCGUGUCUCCUUGGGUUAUGACUCACUUGAGGAUGAUAACCAAUCUGAACCUGAAGCUUUUCCUCAAGGUUCUCCUGUACAAGAUAAUCAUGAUGAGGAUACUCCAAGGCGGACGGUAG